UUUGACGUUUGCCGCAGAGGUACGCGGGCCGGAUAUUACAAGUUUUAUUUAUCAGCGGAAAAGCAGUUUCGAGUAUAUAUUUUUGGUGUUUAUUUUCAACAUACCUCCGGCAACUGUCGGGGUUAUAUUAAAUAAGUUCCAAAAUUAGUCAUACUAGAAGAAAGGCGUGAAACAUUAUAGGAAUAGGUUGAUUUGCAAAAGCAAUUGGAUAACUCAUGCAUCAAUUUUGAGCCUUCACAGGAGACAAUUGAUUUUUCCAGGUCCACUGACAAUGAAUGAUGACGAUAUGGACAAGAGUGUAUUGGACCUAUCAAAGAAAUGCCUUAAGAAAGUGCCAAAACAAGAUGAUGCCCAACAGUAUCGCGUUUUGAUUCUCGACGAUAAUGAAUUACAAAAAAUCGAUAAUAUUGAUUCGUAUUCAAAAAUUGAAAAGCUUUCGCUUAGCAAAAAUCAAUUGCUGCGUAUGUAUGGAGUUUGCCGCUUGCAUUGCCUACGAGAAAUAAAUUUGUCAUUUAAUGGGAUUCUAACUAUCGAGGGACUGAAGGAACUAGUUCAUCUAACACAUUUGAAUCUUGAGGGCAACAAUAUUAAAACUAUUGAACAUUUGAAUACUAACACCAAAUUAGAAUAUCUGAAUUUAUCGGAAAAUAGCAUUGGCAGUAUUUCAGAUAUAUCUUUUUUAAAAUGUCUGAAAGAGUUAUAUCUUCAUGGUAAUCGCCUCACUCACUUACGACAAUGUGAUAAAUAUCUACCUUUGUCGCUAGAAACCCUAACAUUAGCUAAGAAUAAUAUUAGCGACUUAAACGAGAUUUGUACGUUAGCGAACCUUAGCAGCUUGCACAACUUAACUAUCAACGAAAAUCCAUGUGUUCAAAUGACGGCGGGUACAGAUGGCUUCGACCAUAGGCCGUUUGUGUUAAAUUGGUGCAUGACAUUGAAAACGAUCGACGGCUUUGUAGUAGAUCCCAUCGAAAGCCUGAAGGCGGAAUGGUUAUACAGUCAAGGACGAGGAAGGCAGUUUCGAGUGGGGGAGCAGGCCAAUUUAGCUAGAUAUUUGAGUUCAGUAUGCCCCCUGUUAGGAAAAGCGUUAGAAAAUGAAAAUGAGCGGAAAUUACGCCUUAUUCUAAGCAAAGCACAACAGCAUCAAAGACAACUGCAGGAAGAAAUUUCAGAAAAUGUAUCCACGUCUGGGAACAAUUCUCCGUCCAGUGGAAGACGAAAGCCAUCAAGUCGAAUACAAUCCCCACGAUCAGUUUCACGUCUAAGCGGCCGUCAAGGCUCACCUGAUUCAAUGUCCAAUAGCUACCAUGGAAAUACUUCAUCUAGUUCGUUCAUGUCUGGUUCAAGCGAAACGCUUGCAGGUACAAAUAUAAUUCAAAUGACAACGUCACUUAUUGAAAAUAUUAGAAACGACACACUUAUGACACAAAGUUUGGAUGGAAGUAAUGUGGCAGCUAACAACGCAAAGAAGACCAACAAUAGUUAUUCGCAGGAUUCCACGGCACGAAUUGCAAAUCAACAUAAUGAUCCAACGCCGACUCAAUUAUCGGGAGGGCCACUGGUCGCUGCUUCUAAAAUGGUGCCGGUCCCGGAAACGCUAAUGAGCCCCGAUGUUUGCCCUUCAUCAACAACACCACGAGCGGCAGUGACUUCAUUAAAUACACAACAUUACAUCGGUAGCAGUCCAUCAAAUAAGAGUUUCAAAGAAAAGAACGGCUCACCUAAAGUCACUCGUAGUCCCCAUUUGAAACGUAGUAAUGAAAAAUCACCAACGCUUAGCCCACGCAAAGCAAACAAUGCUUCCAAUCACUCACAAGCAUUGAAACCGUGUUUAGUUGAUAGUAAUCAAAUGAAAUCUAAACAUUCCCAAGGUACUGUACAAAUAACGCCCCCAGAUGGGUCGAGUGCUAUAAGUUCUGAUGAUGACAGCGAUCACAUUAACGUGGAUAAAUUGAAAACAAUAAGAAAUAAAGCUGCUCAAAGGAGUCAACAGCAAAAGGAGAAUUUGGAUUUAUCAUCAGUAAGAGUGAAUGAAGGGACAGAAUUGUCAGCGAUCAUUAUUCAGAAGACAUGGAGAGGAUACUAUACAAGAAAAAAAACUAAAGACAUGGCAGAGAAGAUAAUGAAGAAACGGACUCAAGAGUAUAUAAAUAAACUUUCUAAAGAUAUGGAGUUAACUAAGGCGCAGUUGGAAAACGAACGGAAGAUUCAACAGCUUCAAAUGCAAGCGAUUAACGCACUGUGGAAAAAAGUUUCAAAUAUGCAAUCGGCAUCGAAUUCACAAGCAAAUAAUGCGGAAGCAGACAAUCCGCAUCAUAAUGCGAAAAACAGCGUGACUCUAGACAAUAGUUCAACUGCGGUUGUAGCGGAUCUCGCUAAGACUUGUUCCUUGCUUACAAAUCAGGUUCAACAACUGCAAGGGUCGAUGCGUGAUAUCGUGAACUGCAUGACGCUUUUCUGCGGUUUGCCUCAGGAUAGCUUACGAAAAGCAUUGAAUAUAAACGAACAGAAAGAUUCGUCGGGAACACAAACAGAGAUUGUAGCUGUGCAUACGCCUCAAGUUGAAGGCCAAGGGUCGUUUCCGUUUAAAAUAAGGCCCUCGUCGUUGCCUUUGGAAGCAGGCGAAAACACUUCGCAGAAGUUAACCAACGAAGUAAUAUCAGAGAAAGAUGACACUUCGAUACAAGAAAAGGCGGCAACGGAAAAUACUGAAAUCACUCCGAUAUUGAAUCACGAUGGUUCCGGUGAAGGAGAUGCGAGCGAACAUAAACUGAAUACGAAAAAUCUUUUGAAUUCCUCCCAUUGUUAAAUUAUAAUCGGAGAAGUUAUAAGUCAUACGAAUAUGGGAUACUUUCUUUAAUAAUAUUUCUAAUCUAUUUUCUAUACAAAACUCAAAUGUACACAGCAAAAAGCAUUUAUUAAUUAAGCGGAGUUUUAAGUAACGUUAGUUUUCAAACUUCAGCAAAUUGUUUCUUUGUGAAGCUGUUCUCGUGAUAGUAGUUUAUUUCAAUUACUUUUCGUUAAAUUUAAGAUGUAUUUGUUAUAUAUUUUUACUGUUACAGUUAUAUAAAUUAAUACUUUCUGAUUUGUUAUUUUUGCCACCCAUGACACCAUUGCCUAAUAGCAAUCGAAGAUCGAUCAUGCUGAUCAGUUGAGAUCAAUAGAGUGCUUACUGGUACGUGAAUGCAUUUUUGCAUUGUACGACAAGUGUAAUUUAACGCACGCAAUGCUUUUGUUUAAUUAUUGUACUCUACCCACUGCUUUUUGUGAAUGAAUUUACUAGUACUUGGAAUAAGACAUAAAGUCGAAACAACUUACUACAA